AUGCAGGCUUCCGACCCUUCCACCAUGCUUCCCUUCCGUCGAGCUUCGUAUUCGUCCUCUGAUGUGUGGGAAACAUCGGAACCUGUGGCGAACCCGCUGCACUUUCUCUAUUCCGACGACGAAAUGUUCAGCGACUUGCUCUGCCCUCGAUGCCGCGCCUUCCUCCGCCCAAGUCUCGUCCAAGCGCUGCCACUUCCGUGGAAGGAACUGCCGCCCGAUGGCGACGACGCACCGUGUUUCUACGACGCCACGACACAUCUAGUGGUGUGGAGUCCCCCUGCGGGAUGCAGUGCCGCCGCCCGCCGCGUGUUUGCUGCCAACGGAACGAUCUUUGCAGUAUGUGCGUGCCGCAUUCCGUGGGAAAGGCGGCGACAUAUCCUGCGACACAUGCGGAUGUAUGCGAUCAAGUACAAGGAAGAGGUCCAUGUGACGCUAGCCGCCGAACUCCGUCGGGUGCUUGCGAGAUGUAAGGAUGACGACGACGAAAGCUGCUGCAGGUUGUAA